UUAAAACAAUGCGACAUGAGAAGUGGAAUGCGAAACACGGAAAAAUGGUUGUAAAGUUUGUUAUGCAAAGUGUUUCGGAAAUACUGAGGGGUACACUUAAUGUGACACGAUGAAUCGUGCAUGCCUGUGAUGAAGGUGGUGGGGACUCUGUCAUAUGCUGUAUUUCAAUGUUGACAGGACAUACUUUUUGAAGGUUUCGGAGGGGGUGGAUUUUAAAUACACUGACCCCCAAGAAAUUAUCCCGUGGGAAAGUAAGUUUAGUAAUGGAUUGUGACUACGUGAUUCUGGUGAAUAAGUGGACGACAUCUUGACAUGUUUACUGAAAGAAAAUGAUCUGGUAACUCCACGUUGUUGUACCCUAACUGCUGGCAUCCAAGAACUUGUGUACAGUUUGCAUGGGAGAAAAUCAAGAAACCAAAGCUGUUGAAGUCUCUGUUGUCUUCAAGGAUGCUGGAAGAAAUGCCACAUUUCCAUAGGUAGACCACAGUGCCAGCAAAAGAGAUGGGGAAAGGGUGCCACUGUGAUGUGAGCAGCAUGCAAUUAGCAGCAGGAGGAUUCAGGCGUAAAUUCAGAUUUAUACUACAGAUAUGCCUUAGAGAGUAGAUACAAAAAAAAUAGUCUAAGGCAAAUUAACUGGCAAUAUGAAACCUUCUCAUGAAAGAAACCAAGAAUGUCUUCCACCAAAGAAGAGAGAUCUACCACAGAGCAACCCUGAGAGUGAAGAACUAGGAAGAAAUGCAAGCUGUUCUGGAAAUAACACACCAGCAAGUGACAAUGGUGACUGGCCAAGGAGUGUAGUACUAACUGGACAGAGCCAACCAGGAGUAAGAUACAGCAUUGGAUGUGACAAUGUUGAAGGCAUUACUGGUGUCACAGUUGAUCAGUAUGGCAUGGUUUAUAAAGUUGCUCUGCCAUCUGCAAACUACUCUCCUACAAGUCUGCAUCCAGUUGUUAGUAUGAGUCAACUUUCUUCUGCAUAUAAUGUUGCAUCUCCACUUAUCCAGCAUGCUGGAAUUCCUUAUCCACCCAUUCACUAUGCUCAAAUACCACACACAUCUUUGCAGUUUCUGAGCUCUCCAUAUGCAGUUCCCUAUGCAGUCCCCCCUGGCUUUCUGACAAGUCAGCUUAUUUCUCCUUCAGGAGGUAUCUCAGCAUCACAUGUUCCCCAUCUAGUGCCAUUCCCUUCCAUAAUUUCUGAAGGAGUAACUUCCCCACCACAGACUUCUUCACCUGCUUUUGCAAAAGUUCUUUCUACUACUUUGCCUGUCGCCAGUCCACCAGAUGGAGCUUUGCAGGUUGAGGUUGCCAGAGGAAGAGUUCCAGUAUAUUAUCAUUCUUCAGGACUCAAUCCUGCAUAUACUUCAGUUGCUGUUGCAGGACAGAGCCCUGAGAUUUUAGUAGAAAACAGGCAAGUACCUCAAGUGGUAAGAGAAAAAGAGAAUGUGUGUGUGUCAUCUCCUGGUGAAGAAGAGGAGCAGCUAGACCAAAACUCAGUGAGUGAGCCAAAGGAAAUCACAAAUUCCUGCGCUGUUGGUUGUAAGACUGGUAAUCAUGUUACUGUAUCUCGGGUAAAAGAUAAGCCGGAUGAUGUCAGCUUGUCAUUUUGUGCACUUUCAAAGAAUGAGGUGGUCUCCUCAGUGCAUCGAAAUACCCCUGAUACAGAUUUAGAGGUUCAGCAGGUUGUAGGAGGCUUAGCUUCUCAGGACCACUAUGUUACUUUAAGUUCCAGGAAAGGGGAUUUAAGUCCCUUAAAUCUUUCUCAGAAUGCAAAGAUCCAAAAUCAGUUAAAGAAUCCAUCAAUUCCUGCUGACCACAGAACCCCAGUUACAUUGUCAUCUACUGAGGAUAUUUCCAGGACCGUAUAUUCUCAGAAGCAAGAUGAGCACAGAAACCAGAUGUACAAGGAUUUGCAUAAAGCAACAGUUUUAGCCAGCGGUCAGUCUGUUUUAAUUCCAGUUAAUGCAGAACGUGCUUUAAUCAAAACCUCUGUAGAAUCUGUAACAGAUGCAGGCAGUUUAGAUACCCAGACAAAAGUCUGUGUUGAAAAACUCAUGGAUCCCAUAGUUGAGUCAUCACCUAUACCACGUCAGGACCAUUCUGUCCGAUCUCAUCAGCCCACAAGCCUUCCAUCACAUUUCAUGAAAGGUGCAAUUAUCCAGUUAGCUACAGGUGAACUGAAACGUGUUGAAGAUCUGCAAACUCAUGAUUUUGUGCGUAGUGCUGAAAUAACUGGAAGCUUGAAGAUUGAUUCUAGUACUUUAGUUGAUGUUAAAGAAAGCUCACGGUCUGGAUAUGUUUCAUUGCAUUUCAUAGUUGGAGAGCAACAAAGUAAAGUAAAUAUUGAUGUUCCACCCGAACACCCGUUUUUUGUUUAUGGACAGGGCUGGUCAUCUUGCAACCCUUUGAGAACAGCUCAGAUUUUUGGACUUUCCUGUCAUCAACUUCAAGUUGGAGAUGUGUGCAUAUCACUUAGUUUACAAGCUCCUGGGGGGAAUUCUUCAGGGCAAACUGCCUGCCAACCCAUUGAUCUAGCAGCAUCUUUGAGAGAGAGAACAGCUGAAAUAGAGGGAGAUUGUGGUUCUUCUGUGCUGACUCUUCAAGCAGAGAGAAGCACAAAUGAUAAUGACGAGCUGCUGAGGGAUGGCACAACUCGUAAUACUCGCACUCCACCUCCUAGUAGAGAGGGUUCAUCAGCAACAUCUUUCCAGCAACGCUGGUCAGCCCCUGGCUUCCAGAGAUAUAGUUUACUGAAUGAAAAUCCAAGCUCGCCCUCAUUGCGACCCUUGUUUAUACCCCAGGAGGUCAAACUGUCAAUUGAAGGCCGCUCUAAUGCAGGAAAGUAGCAGGUGGAGAUGACUGUUAAAAGUAAAGUCUUCGGAUGGGGUGACAAAGUUUUGCACACAAACAUUUGCAGGUCUGCUACUGGUUAAGUCUUUGAAUUAGGUGAUGAUCUGUCUUUAGUGGAAAUAUGAAAAUACAAGAAGCUGAGAAAUUGCUCAGCAUUUGUAUUUGUGGUAAUGUACUGUACCAGAUGCUAGUUUGGUAUAAUUCGAUUCACUGUUGCAGUGUAUUUAUAAUACUGCCUUCCAUAUGUAGAAUUCUAUGGUAGUCAAAUAUCCAUCAGUAUUUCUUUUAAAGCACUAAUACUUUGUGUCACUUCUGUGUAGCCACUGAAUUGCAGAUGUGGAAAAAAAAGUGUGCCUGCUCAGUAGUAGUACCUAAAGUAAAAAAAAAAAAAAAAAAAAAAAAAUGGUAACUGUAUAAAAAGAUUUUUUUUCUUUUUAUGCUGUUGCCCAUUUUAUGUCAGACAGCUCCUCUAUCUAACUUUAGUUUGUUUCUUCAAGUGUUUUAUGUUUUCUAGUCCGUUUAAGCUAAGGGAAGCAAGAAUGUAAUUUAAUUCUGAUACCUCAUUGGCAAAAAGUGAAGGAUCACCUUAAACCAUACAGGUAGUCCUAGUGGCCUUAAUCAAUUAUCAAUUAAUUGUUACUAAUUUGCAGCAUAAAACACGAAACUCCCCAGACCUGUUCAUUUUCAGGGUAUCUGUACUCAAAACACAUGACAAAGUGAGAGUGCCAGAUGCAAGAGGAAAAGUGGGAAGUUCAUCACAGAUAUCACUGCUGUAGUGUAGCUUGUCACAGAUUGGGAGUUUGGCAGCAGGCAAAAGUCUUCCUACCCUGCCUAUUUUCUGGAGCUUUAGACAUCUACAAGGCUGGUCUCUCAUCCUCACACCAGACGCAAGUAGGAUAGUGGGUAGAAGUAAAAAUUAUUUUUUUAUGUAAUUAUAAUGUUUGGUAGUCAGCCUGUUUCUGUUGUUCAGGUGACUUUCAGAGCAAUAAAUACCCUUUUGGAAAAUU